GAGCGGACCUGAAACUGUUCGAGGCCACCGCCUGUGGACCUGGAGAAGAGACGCCCGUCUCCUGCUUCACAGGGGCCAUAAAUAACUACGUGAGAUAGAUGAAUGGCAAAAAUGGCAUUAAAAGGACCGCUGCAGUACUUCCUGGAUCCCGUCAGGCGGAGGACUCUCCUCUUCUAAAGAUCGAGGGGUGGCGUCUUCUAUAGGAUUCCUACUUGAUAUCGCCUUUUUUUUUUUCUAUUUUCCUUUCCUAGGUAGUUUUUUUUUUUUUUUUUACGGGAUGACAUUGCACCUACAACUCCCAGCAGCGGAAGAUCGAUCGACUGCGAUGGAUGCGAUCGCCGCAGAGGGACACACAGAGAGAGCUGGAGUCCGUCGGAGCCAGAUACUGGAUGCCUUUUCGCCGGUCAACGAGAACGGGAGCUUCGAGUUCGACCGGGUGCUGAAGCGAGGCAAGGUGCUGCGGCGGUCGAAGAGCAAGCAUGCGUUCAAGUCGUCGUGGAAGCCUGGAUACCUCGUUCUGCGGCCGAACCUGCUCUCGCUAUACAAAGACAAGGAAGAGGCCCAGCUGCAGCUCGCCCUCUCCCUCUCCGACGUCUCGGCCGUUGCCCAUGUCAAGUCAACGCCCAGGUCGAACAGGCCGAACGUCUUUGGUGUCUUCUCGCCCUCGAAGAACUACCGCUUCCAGGCUACGUCGACAGAGGAGGCGGAAUCAUGGGUUGAGCAGCUGCACCGCGAGUGCUCGGUCGACUAUCCAGACUCGGUCGUAAACUACUACGAACAGAUACACGGCCGGAAGCAGACCAUCGCGGAGGCAGACGAGAGUGCGGCUGAGAUGUCCGAGGUUGAAGGCAGAGGAAGCACGGCGGCUCUGGGACGGACUCCUUCUCUAUUGACGGCACCUGCACAACCUGGUCGCGUGAAGCGCAGAACUACCCAGGACUAUUCAGGCAACGAAAUCACCUCUUGCUCUGAAUUCUCUGAUGCUGCCGGCCAGUCUUUGCCUUCUUCGAGGUCUCAAGCAGCGUUUAACCGGAAAUCCUGCUCUUAUAGAGACAAUCAACAGCCACCGCAACAACAAGAGCAACAGAGUCUACGCCGCCUGGCCAGUAGCCAGAGUGAAGCUGCUCCGAGCCAGCCAGACCCAGAAGGCGUCAUAUUCCAGGGAUAUCUGCAAUGUUUAAAGGGCCGGAAGGGUGUCCGCAAAUGGAAAAAGCUAUGGACGGUUCUCCGAGUCCAGAGCCUCUCCUUUUACAAGGACCAACACGAAUACUCGGCUGUCAAGAUCAUACCAAUGACCGACGUCAUCAAUGCAGCAGAGGUUGACCCCCUCUCAAGGUCAAAGAUAUAUUGUUUUCAGCUCAUCACCGAAGACGUCACCUACCGUUUCUGCGCCUACGACGAAGAGUCUGUCGACAAGUGGCUCGGCUCGGUCAAAAGCGUGCUGAUGAGACUGCAAGACCCAUCCAUGUACCCUUCAACAGGAGCUCUGAGCGGCUCCUUGAACACCCGUUGUUAAAAGCAAAGCUCUCUUACUUUAAUUUUCUGCAGCUGAGCUCCUCAAACUAAAUCUCCCCCUUUUUGGAGCAUAUCGCUACUUCUAAUGUUAAUACCCUUCUGCAUCCAACGUUCCAAGCGACCAGCAGGCCUAAAAUCAAUGCAUUAACCAUGCAUAUCUGAUUAUUCUACACAUCAGAGCCAUCUGUAUAUUCUUUCUUUUCGCUCUUUCUUUCCGCCUUUUUUUCCUCUUUGCCUCCUCUUGGGCUACUAAUGAAAUGUGAGGCUGCUGCAGAUGCAUUCCCUCCCUCAAACACCAUCUUCUAUCCCUUUCAUUUGUCUAGCGUUUGAUCGACUCAACCCGGACGACACUUUCUGGACAUACUACCCACUACCCUGUCGAGUUGGGGCUAUUUCCUGGCUGUUAUUGGCCAUGUCUCUUUAAACAAAUUAAUUUGUUUAAUAUCAUGUUUAUGGAGAUUUGUCCUGUCACUAUUAUAUAUACUACAUACGAUCCCAUCUCAUCCCAAGUGCCAUCAAUCAACACAGGUGCGAUCUACCUUUCAUCUGCCUUUCUGUAAAAAGGUUUAACCGAGUCUUAUAACGCCCAGCUAUUGCCACAACCUGGAAACCUGCCC